AUCCCAGUGAGGCGACGGUAAGGGGCGGUGGCCCAGCGGCGGGAGAUUCAAACUUGGGAGGAGGAACAUGGAUCCGAGAGCCGCGGCCCCGGGUCGGGCGACCUAUGAACGCCUCACAGCUGAGGAGAUGGAUGAGCAGAGGCGACAGAACAUCGCCUAUCAGUACCUGUGCCGGCUGGAGGAAGCCAAGCGCUGGAUGGAGGCAUGCUUGAAGGAGGAGCUUCCAUCACCAGUGGAACUGGAAGAGAGUCUUCGGAAUGGAGUGCUCCUGGCCAAGUUGGGCCAUUGUUUUGCACCCUCAGUGGUCCCCCUGAAGAAGAUCUAUGACGUGGAGCAGCUGAGGUAUCAGGCAACUGGCUUACAUUUCCGUCACACGGACAACAUCAACUUUUGGCUGUCUGCAGUAGCCCACAUUGGUCUACCUUCGACCUUUUUCCCAGAGACCACGGACAUCUAUGACAAGAAGAACAUGCCUCGGGUGAUCUACUGCAUUCAUGCUCUCAGUCUCUUCCUCUUCCGGCUGGGAUUGGCCCCUCAAAUCCAUGAUCUCUAUGGGAAAGUGAAAUUCACAGCUGAGGAACUCAGCAACAUUGCCUCGGAACUGGCUAAGUAUGGCCUCCAGCUACCUGCCUUCAGCAAGAUCGGGGGCAUCCUGGCCAAUGAGCUCUCAGUGGAUGAGGCUGCAGUCCACGCAGCUGUUCUUGCUAUCAAUGAGGCCGUGGAGCGAGGGGUGGUGGAGGACACUCUGGCUGCCUUGCAGAAUCCUUGUGCUCUUCUGGGGAAUCUUCGUGAACCUCUGGCAGCUAUCUACCAAGAGCUGCUGGCUAUGGCCAAGAUGGAAAAGGCUGCCAACGCCAAGAACUUUGAUGACAGACAAGAACAGGACAUCUAUGAGUACUGCCUCACCCAAGCAGAGAUCCAGGGCCAUAUCAACCACGUGAAUGUCCAUGGAGCUCUAGAAGUUGUUGAUGAUGCUCUGGUAAAACAGAGCCCUGAGGCCUUGCUUGAGGCCCUUCAAGACCCUGUCCUGGCUCUGAUAAGAGUGAGAAGAGACUUUGCUGACUGGUACCUGGAACAGCUGAGCUCAGACAGAGAGCAGAAGGCCCAGGAGCUAGGCCUGGUGGGGCUUCUGGAGAAGGAGGAAAUCCAGGCUGGUGUGGCUGCAGCGAACAAGAAGGGUGAUCAGGAGGAAGCCAUGCUCCAGGCUGUGUGGAGGAUCAACAGAGCCAUCCAGAGGGGAGUGGCCACAGACACUGUGAAGGAGCUAAUGUGCCCUGAAGCGCAGCUGCCCGCUGUGUACCCCAUUGCCCCUGCUGUGUACCAGCAGGAGCUGGCUGUACUCCAGAAGCAGCAGCAGAGGGAACUGGUCCAGGAGGAGCUCUUUGUGGCUGUGGAGAUGCUCUCAGCUGUGAUCCUGAUUAAUCGUGCUCUGGAGGCUAGAGACACUUGUGGCUUUUGGGACAAUCUAGUGAACCCUGCUUCUGGCCUGGCCCAGGUGGAAGAAGAAAAUGCUCAGCGUUACUUUGAUGCCCUGGUGAAGCUGCGAGAGCUGCGGGAAACUGAUGGAGGCUUCCUGAGCUGGAAUGACCUGCAGGCUACUGUGAGCCAGGUCAAUGCCCAGGUCCAAGAGGAGACAGACCAGGUCCUUGCCAUCAGCCUCAUCAAUGAGGCUCUGGACCAGGGCCAUCCUGAAAAGACUCUGUCCGCCCUGCUGCUUCCAGCAGCUGGCCUGGAGGACAUCAGCCUGCCUGUUGCUCCUCGGUAUCAUCUCCUCCUUGUGGCAGCCAAGAGGCAGAAAGCCCAGGUGACAGGAGAUCCUGGAGCUGUGCUGUGGCUGGAGGAGAUCCGCCAGGGAGUGGUCAGGGCCAAUGAGGACACAAACAUGGCUCAGAGAAUGGCCCUCGGUGUGGCAGCUAUCAAUCAGGCCAUCAAGGAGGGCAAGGCAGCCCAGACAGAGCGGGUGCUGAGGAACCCCACCGUGGCCCUCCGAGGGGUCGUUCCCAACUGUGCCAACAGCUACCAGCAGGCCCUAGAAGAUGCAGUGGCAAAGAAGCGACAACCUGGGGACACGGCUUUCUGGGUUAAACAUGAUAUGAAGGAUGGCACCGCCUACUACUUCCAUCUGCAGACCUUCCAGGGGACCUGGGAGCAGCCUCCAAACUGCCGCCUCAAUACCUCCCACCUGACUCGAGAGGAGAUCCAGUCAGUCAUCACCAAGAUCACCACUGUCCAUGACCGCCAGCUGCUCUGGAAGGCCAAUGUCAACUUUGUCAUCCAGCUCCAGGCCCACCUUCGUGGCUUCCUUGUUCGCCAGAAGUUUGCUGAGCAGUCUCAUUUCCUGAGGACCUGGCUUCCAGCAGUCAUCAAGAUCCAGGCUCAUUGGCGGGGCUAUAGACAGCGGAAGGCUUACCAGGAUCGACUGCAAUAUUUUAAGGCAAACCUGGAUACCGUAAUCAAGAUCCAGGCCUGGACCCGAAUGUGGGCAGCCCGAAGACAAUAUCUCAGGCGACUGCACUACUUCCAACAGAAUGUUAACUCUGUUGUGAAGAUCCAGGCAUUCUUCCGAGCCAGGAAAGCCCGUGAUGACUACAGGAGGUUAGUACAUGCAUGCCACCCUCCCCUCAGUGUGGUGCGCAGAUUCGCCCACCUCUUGAACCAGAGUCAGGAGGACUUCUCCACCGAGGCAGAGCUGCUAAAGCUCCAGGAAGAAGUAGUCAGGAAGAUCAGGUCCAAUCAGCAGCUGGAGCAGGACCUCAACCUCAUGGACAUCAAGAUUGGCCUACUGGUAAAGAACCGGAUCACACUGCAGGAAGCAGUCUCCCACUGCAAGAAGCUGACCAAGAAGAAUAAGGAUCAGCUGUCAGACAUGAUGAUUCUAGACAAGCAGAAGGGAUUAAAGUCUCUGAGCAGAGAGAAACGACAGAAGCUAGAAGCUUACCAGCACCUCUUCUACCUGCUACAGACUCAGCCCAUCUAUCUGGCCAAGCUGAUCUUUCAGAUGCCACAGAACAGAACCACCAAAUUCAUGGAGGCGGUAAUUUUCAGUCUAUACAACUAUGCCUCUAACCGCCGAGAGGCCUACCUUUUGCUACAGCUAUUCAAGACUGCACUCCAAGAGGAAAUCAAGUCAAAGGUGGAACAGCCCCAGGACAUGAUCACAGGCAACCCCACAGUGGUGAGGCUGGUGGUGAGAUUCUACCGAAAUGGGCGGGGACAGAGUGCCCUGAAAGAGAUCCUGGGCAAGGUCAUCCAGGAUGUGCUGGAGGACAGGACACUCAGCAUCCACACAGACCCUAUCCACAUCUAUAAGAGCUGGAUCAACCAGAUGGAGGCGCAGACUGGGCAACGCAGCCAUCUCCCAUAUGAUGCCACCCCUGAACAGGCUCUGAGCCACUCUGAGGUCCAGAGACGAUUAGACAUCUCCCUGCGCAACCUCCUCGCCCUGACCAAUAAGUUCUUCAUUGCCAUCAUUUCAUCUGUGGACCACAUUCCGUAUGGAAUGCGUUAUGUGGCCAAAGUCUUGAAGACAACCCUGGAGAAGAAGUUCCCUGAUGCCACAGAGAAUGAGGUCUAUAAGGUGGUAGGAAACCUCCUGUACUACCGCUUCCUGAACCCAGCUGUGGUGGCUCCUGAUGCCUUCGACAUUGUGGCCAUGGCAGCAGGCAGUGCCCUGGCUGCCCCCCAGCGCCAUGCCCUGGGGGCUGUGGCUCAGCUCCUGCAACAUGCUGCUGCUGGCAAGGCCUUCACCAGAGAGAGCCCGCACCUACGAGUCCUCAAUGGCUACCUGGAGGAUAUGCAUCUCAAGUUCAGGACGUUCAUCUGCAGAGCCUGCCAGGUCCCAGAGCCAGAGGAGCGUUUUGCCAUGGAUGAGUACUCAGAUAUGGUGGCUGUGGCCAAACCCAUGGUGUACAUUACUGUGGGGGAGCUGAUCAGCACACAUGAGCUCUUGCUAGAACACCAGGACCGGCUGGCCCCUGAUCACCAAGACCCUCUGCACCAGCUCCUGGAGGACCUUGGGGAGCCACCCACCAUCUCUGACCUCAUUGGAGAAAGCAUAGCUACAGAUGGGCACAUGGAUCUGAGCAGACUUGAAGUGUCCUUGACGCUCACCAACAAGUUUGAAGGACUGGAGGCUGAUGCUGACCAUACCAGCGAUCGGAGCCUGCUUCUGAGCACCAAGCAGAUGCUGGCUGAUCUCAUCCAGUUCCACCAUGGGGAGUCCCUUGAGGAGAUCCUGUCCCACUCAGUUUCCAGAGAGCAAGAAGCAGCUCACACUCGGCUAAUAUGUUGGCGCCAGGCCUGUGAAGCCCAGACCCCGGAGCCACUGCGACAACACCGCUCACUGGUGGCACACUCUCUUCUGCCACUGGCAGAGAAGCAGCGGCGUGUCCUGAGGAAUCUGCGUCGACUACAGGGCCUGGGGCUGGUCAGUGCCAGCGAUGGCUACCAGGGACUGGUGGAUGAGCUGGCCAAGGACAUCCGCAACCAGCGCAAGCACCGGCACAGGCUGAAGGGAGAGCUGGUAAGACUACGGGCCACCUUCCAGGGCCUGAGUGUAAAAACCACCUUCUAUGAGGAGCAGGCUGACUACUACAGCCAAUACAUCCAGGCCUGCCUUGACCACCUGGCCCCCAGACCCAGCAGGAGUUCUGGAAAGGAAAAGAAGCAACCGUCUCUUCAUUAUACAGCUUCCCAGCUCCUGGAAAAGGGUGUCUUGGUGGAAAUUGAAGAUCUUCCUCUCUCUCACUUCAGAAAUGUCAUCUUUGACAUUACCCCUGGAGAUGAGGCAGGAAAGUUUGAGGUAAAUGCCAAGUUUCUGGGUGUGGACAUGGAACGGUUUCAGCUUCAUUACCAGGACCUCCUGCAGCUGCAGUAUGAGGGUGUGGCUGUCAUGAAGCUCUUCAGUAAGGCUAAAGUCAAUGUCAACCUUCUCAUCUUCCUCCUCAACAAGAAGUUCCUGCGGAAGUGAUGGAAGCAAUGGUGCAGGCCUCUCACCUCACUAACUGCUCCUCUAGUACUAACUUUCACAACACAUUCCUGCAGAAUCCAGAGCUCAGGCCUGACCAUGAUUCACAAUUCUCACCCCUUCCCCGGGCCCAGGAGGAGUUGGCCUACUUGGCCUCAGGCACUGGACCCAUCCCAGUGGACCCAGGGCUUGCACUUGUGCUUGUGUGUGUGCUGUUGCCCUCAUACAGUCACUCCAGUAUUACAAGCACUGACCAGCAGCCAGAUUUCCCUUCUUCCCUCCUCGCUGCAGACCCCUAAAGCCAGGGCCAGGCUGUCAGCCUCUGCCUCCCCCUCAUCAGCCAUGGGCAUUGCUGCUUCUUGUAGCCUGGGGCCCUCUGUGCUGUGCAACCUGCAACCCCUUGUCAGGACUCGGCAGGGAGCAGGUCAUAGCUCUUGCUGAUGUCUGCUAUGGUGGCAAAUCUCAUCCCUUCUUUUCUGGUCAGUUUCUUAUGUGGGUCAUGGGUAUUUAUUCUCUCCAGAUUGUUGUGAAAACUUAAUCAUGGUUUUUUGAACUCAAGAGUUCUCGUUUUUUUCUAUUCAAACUAACGUCCAUGCCCUUGUCAUCUUCCCUGGGACUGCGGCAGUGGGGUUCCUCUGGUUCCACUUAAGAGCCCCUUAUCACAGCUUCUGACAGGACAGAGCAGUCUUGCCCUCUUCCCUGUCAGCCAUAGGCCUCAGAGCUGACUUCCAGGUGGUUCCUGUAGAUCUGCAGGCCUGCCUCGGCUACUGUCUCUCCACCUCACAUCUUCCAACAUCCUGGCCCUGCUGCCCUCUAGAUUUCAUUUUAAUAAAAGCAGCUGUUACCCC